GGGGUGCCCCUGACCAAGGGAACUUUUCUGAGCCUGGGCAGAGGGCUUUGCACUGACAGAGGCAUGAGGCUCCUGCUGCUGUUCUGCUUGGCCUUGCUGGCCUCCGGCAGCUUCUCCGUGGAGCAAAAGAUUGAUACCGGGAGCACCCUCCACUCGUGACAACCAAAAAUGUCUGCAGACACAACGGUCCCCAGAGACAGCAUCACCCCAGGGCUCGUCCCUGAGGUCACCAUUGCCUACCAGGUCCUGGAGGUCUUUCCCAGAAGCCGCAGGGUGCUUAUCACCUGCCACUCACCGCAGGGGACCCCGCCUAUCGCCUACUCCCUCUGGGGGAGCCAGGACAUUGAAGUUGCCAGAAAGGUGGUGAAGAAACACACGCCGGCCUCCUUCAGCAUCAACGUCACACUCAAGUCCAGGCCAGACCUGCUCACCUACACCUGCCAGGCGGCCACCUCCUCAGGCCCACGCGGGGCCAGCACCACGCUGCAGAUGUACUGGGAGCUGUGGGCCAAGGGUGUUCAAGUCUCCCAGCCAUGCCAGUGCUUCCUGUCCCCCCUGCCAGAGCCCGUGUCCCAGCUGCAAACUAACUUCACCCUGCUGGACAGAGGGUCAGGCCCCAGGGUGGAGAUGUCCUGCCGGGCGUCCUUGGGCAGCCCACCCAUCACCUACAGCCUGGUGGGGCCGGACGGGCACGUCCACCUGCAGCAGAGACCGCACUACGGGCAGCCUGCUAACUUCUCCUUCCUGCUGACCGAGACGCCACGCUGGUUCCAGUGCCAGGCCCAGAACGACAUCAAUGUCCAGAGCAGCCCCCUCACGCUGGUGCCCCCAGGACAGCUGCCCAGGGGACCCACCUUCGUGCUGGCUGCCAGCCUUACCUCCAUUGCAGCUAUCGCCUCUGGCAUGCUGGGCCGGACCACGUGGACCAGGUUGUGACCAGAGGUGCGAGCACAGCCGUCUUCCAGGACAGCCCCUGUGCUGGCCCUACGGGGGGGCCCCCCAUUUGAAGAACAAGCCUGCCAGCCUGGAUUCCUGAGCCCUGGUGCUCCGCAGGGAGGGUUUCAACAUGGGGUGGGGCUGUGGAGGGAAGAAGAGGUGCACAGGACAGAGGGGGCUCUGUGUAGGUCCCCGACUUUGCUCCUCAGCUGCUUGUCAUCAUCUAUGCAGGUCUAGGAAGAAGGUGGGGGUACACUGUGAAAAGGCCCAGCUGCACCCCCACCUGUGGCCUCCUUCCCCAACACACACCGGCUCCCCUCUUCUCUGGAGUGGCACCCCAACUCCUGGUGGCCUAGUCCUCUGGCUCCACCCGCUGAUGGUCCAACUCAUCUGGGAGGACUCGGCCCCACCUGGCCAGCACCCCUCAUUAACCUUACCUGCAACAGCAAAGCAAGGGUGUCUGGGAUUCCUCCCUCCUCAGCCUGCCCCCCCCCCGAGAAGGCAUCCCCCUACCCCCUCACCGAGCCUUCCCUGUUCAGAUGCUCUGAACCAUUUCAGGAAAGAAGUGGAUUAAACUCCGCCCCCUGCCUGACACCCUGGAUUUCCUUUUCUGUCUGCACACCAUCCUGGAGCCUGGAAG